AUUACUACCAUGGUCGCGGUCGCUAUUUGCUGCAUUUUAGUACUUCUCGCUGUUUUUAUCGUCCUAAUCAUCGUUAUCGGACAGACAAUGAAAGUGCCCGGGGCUGAUUGA